AUGUCUGAAAUAAGAAAUCAAAUUACAAUUUGUGUUUUAGGUUCUGACUGCUGUAAACGAUGGGCCUACGUAAGGGAUUAUUAUAUUCGGCGUAAAGGUAAACCUGGUUCAGGUGGAGAGGCAGCAAAGAAAAGGUCUGUUCUCCUAUCAUUCUUAGAUAGCCUUCCUUCAUCACAAAGACAUAAUACAAUUUCUGACAAAAAACUGGAUGCUAAGAAAGACAACAUUAUGAGAGAUAAGAAAAAGAUAAAAUUAACACACUCUGAAGAACGAUUACAGAUAUUGAAACAAAUAACUAAACGAAACUCAACUCCUGCUCAAAAUGAAUUGGACGAAACUGACCUUUUCUUUAACUCGAUAGCAAAAAUUGUAAAGAAGCUUCCUCGAUAUGAACAAGUGCAAUUAAGGAUGCAAAUUUCGUCAUUGGUCGGUAAUGCUGAAUUAGAAAGUAUUUUAAACGAUUCAAGACAGACAGAUUCAUCAACAAGCCCAAGUUCAACAAUGAGCUUCAUACACUUAGAAACGGUGCCAUCUCCAGCAACAAGUGGAACGUCAAAUUACCAAGGACAAAUAGUGGAGAUGGACGGGUCAUAUGAUGAGAGAAAAGAAGUAAAAAUAGAAGAGAAUCUUAACGGAAACGAAAGAGAGGCAGGCAGAAAAGAUGGAAGAACAAUAAAAAAAGGGAGCGCGUCCAUUGUGGAUUCGAAACGCUAG